UGAUAAUGUCUUUUGAGGAGAGAACAGUAUUAUUUACACUGAUCACAACAGACCAUUGCAGUGUAGCUCCUCAAAGGACAUUAUCAGGGAUGUUACAAUGCCGAAACUGUUGUUUUCAAAGAUUCGAUUUUAUGAAAUAAAGGAUCUAAUGCCGAAUAUGAAGCGGCCCAGGAGGAUUGAUAUUGUACUUAAUCGGAAAAGGCGUAAGAAGGACAUCCAGUGCCUCAAAGUACAAAAAAUACAUGCUGAGACAUAUCCUUCAAACCUCAGUAGUCAGACUGACCAUAAACUCCACUUGACUCUGGAGAACUUGCUAAAGGAUAAAAGUAAGAAGGAGCAUUUAGCGGCCUUCCGUUCUUUUCUAAAGUCCGAGUUCAGUGAGGAAAACAUUGAGUUCUGGCUGGCAUGCGAAGCCUUCAGGUCGACUGUCUCGCCGGAUGACCUUCGCCAGAAAGCAGAGGAGAUCUACCAGGAGUUCAUCCAGCCUACAGCCUGCAGAGAGGUCAACGUAGACCACCAUGUUAGAGAGAAGAUCAAGAAGUCGUUGGAGAAACCAAGCCUCUCCUGCUUUGACGAGGCCCAGAAGCACAUUUACCUGCUGAUGGAAAGAGACUCUUGCCCCCGAUUCCUGCACUCAGACGCAUACCUGAGUCUGAAGCGCAAAUCUAGGACUCUGUGGUACGUUUAGCUUAGAAAGAAAAGCUGCGGCUCCCAUCAAAACACUGUAUCAACACAGCUCAUUUAAUCCCCUUCUAUUUGGCUGAAAUGAAAAGCUAUUUCACGCGGUAGCUAUAAGAGGUGAAGCUCGGAUCAAAACUGUUUUCUUUUCGAGGCAGAGCCUUUCUUGCCUGCUCUUAACCCAAACUAAAAUGAUGUUUUCUACAACACCAGUCUUUUUUUAUUUUUAUUUUUUUAAUGUAAUGGCAAAAUGAUGUAUUGAUGAAAUGCUGUGGAUAAGAAUAAAGCAGGGCAAAAACCAUGAGAGAAAAGCAAUGUGAGGGGAGUUAUGUGCAUAGAGGAGAGAGAAUGCUGCUGGUAUGUGUCAGUUCUUUAGAUGAUUGUACAGAGUUCGGGGUUGUUUGAAACGCUGUAUGUGUUAACUGAAAGACUCAGUAAGUUAAGGUGCAGUUUGCUGGAUGCGAGAUGAUAAAAAAAAAAAGUGAGAAAUAAAUGGUUUCUAAUUAAAUGUUUCAUAAAUGGGCACUGAAUUGCA